AUGGCAAGUGGCGUCGAAAUUAAUCACGGUAUCAUUUGUACUCCUCGUGCGUCAAUCCUUCCCAUUUCAUCUCGUUCAGACAGGGCGGGGGGGGAUCCACUGAAUCCGUAUAAAACGCGCCUCAACUUCUUCAUUCCAAUUCGAAGCCGAAUGCCGUUCAAUCUGUGCACCAACAUCGCCCUAUUCGCGCUUGUGUUCGUCGUCAUCGCGCUCAUCGGAAUGUUCCAACACAUCGACUACAACGGCGUCAUUGACGCUCGCUCCAACUUGGGAUUGCACAUUCCCAGCGAGAAGGACGAGCAUGCCACUUUGAUCUAG